AUGGCAGCCCCUGGCCCGAGCCCAGGUUUGGCCCAGGUCCGAGCGUUUCCACGCUCCAGAACGGGAUCACGGAAGAACACACCUUCUCUCCCAGCUGACCGCCUCUUCUCGGAGAAAGAAGCUGGCCAAACCAUCGCAACCACAAACCCAAAGACCGGACAAGAGGGAAGGAGCGGGAAGGUUCUUGCCCUGGGAUACGCAGUGAUUGAAGUUGGGGAGGAUGAGGAUUCGGUGCCGCCGCUCUCGGUUUUCUAUCCUCCUUCAUCGCAUCCGAAGCCUGCUCAGGCUCGUCCCCAGUGCUUUGCCCGUAGAGUCCUUCUCGGUUGGCUUUCCCCUCGUACAAACGUGUAUGGGCGCUGGUGUACAGGUUACUGCCGUCGUCAUAGUUUUGGAAUGGAUGAAACCACAGUCAAUGGUGAGCUUGACCUCUUCACGGAUGAUGUCCACUAUAUUGAGCCAUUACCCGCCAAUGUUGGUACGACCACGUAUGCUGGUGUCGGGCCUCUGUUACCACUUGGCUCUGGUACUUCAACGCGUUCCUCGGAAAUUCCUAGCGUUGUGGUUUGCACGAAGGCCGAUCUCAUGGAUAAUGCUGCCGAGGAUGUGAAAUUCAAUGGUGGACGCUGGGAAGAAAAGACAGAUCGAGCACGGCAGGCACUGGGAAAUGUCUGUUUGGCCUAUGGUGCCGCGCUGUUCUACACUGCCCCUACCCAGCCUACGACAUACGCUCUCUUGAAGAGCUAUACCGUCCCGCCUCCACUGAUUUCACCACCAGCCUCCCCAAACACCGUAUCGGCACCCGCCAUCGUCGGCUCUACCAAAUUCCCCUUCAAUCACCGAGCCAACGUGCUUGACAGAGAUGCUGCCAUGAUACCCAGCGGAUGGGACAGUUGGGGCAAGAUUAAUGUUUUGAGAGAUGGUUCUGACCCCGCGCAGCUGGAGAAGGGUUGGAAAGUCAGUUUGAGCAGGUAUGGUGACCCGCAGCCAACUCGACCUCCUCAUGAAAGACCCCAACCGAGAUUCCAGCCAAUCUUCCGACACGCGGCUUCCGCCACCUCAUCCUCCAACGUUCCCUCUGGAGAUGGAAGGUCGGAUUGGAGAGGGAGAUGA